UUAAAGUCCUCCACAAACAGCUGUGUGUAUUAAUUCUGCCCGAAAAUAAACAUCCAAUACAAUAUCACGUGGCUGUGUCUUAUUGGAUUUAAGAUGUAGCACACUAGCUAUUGGAAAAGUGCAUUCAAUCUAAGAUCAGACGGGCAGGUUACAUAGAGCACUGCCCAGUGUACUUUCUGCACGAUGAUAUGGUGCAUCAGUUAUAUGGCAAGACGUACUCUUGCAACGAUUGGAUGACUACAAGACUGUACCGCACUAAAAUAUAAUAUGUCUAAGACGAAAGGGCCUACGGACAAACUUCAUCUUAGAUGACAAAUAUAUCUUGAGGAAUUUGUAACCUGGCAACUAUUGAUCUGGAAAUAGCUCUGAGUUCAUUCUCCAAAGUGUGCUGAGAUCUUUAAAUUGCAAUAUUCAUGUACUCAGUCGGUACUCAGUUUUAAUGGUACCCUGUGGACGACGAAGUGCGCGUUUGCCUCAGACGAUUGUCAUUGAUUCAGAACAAUCUCUUGAGUAUACCUCCGCUAUUAACAACUCUGUGUUGAUGAUACAUACUUGGAGAGUAAACCACGUGUAUUAGAUGUGACAGCUUCCAUAUCGGUGUAGCAUCUGAAACUCAUAUUGCUUGCACGUGACAUGCCUCAUAAAAGUGCUUCAUGAACUACAGAAGAGACGGUGGGUUUCACUUUGGAGGAAGACCAGAGACACCGUACUGGAUUUAUAUUAUCUGUUCACACCGCGACUAAAAGCAAACCUCGUUUGAAAAAUACAUGGAAACUGCCUGGUCACACCACGACUAAAAGCGAACCUUGUUUGAGAAAUGUUAACUGCCUGUUCACACCACGACUACAAACAAACAUUGUUUGAGAAAUAAAUAACAACUGCCUGUUCACACCACGGCUACAAACAAACCUUGUUUGAGAAAUAAAUAACAACGGCCUGUUCACACCACGGCUAAAAGCACACCUUGUUUGAGAAAUGAGAACUGCCUGUUCACACUACGACUUAAAAGCAACCCUUGAGAACUGUUGUCUCUUGUGAACAUCCAAAGGUAUGGAAUAUCACGGAAGUGGAAGGAUCUGCUUGGUUUAUUUUGAGGAAUUAUUACAUGAGUUUACGUAACAGCGAAUUUGCUAGUUCCUGUUAUAUCCGUUUUGACUGCAGUGGGGCGGUGCAGUCGCUGGAAACUCAAGGGUAUAUUUCCUCCCGGGAAGCUUGAGAUAACAAGUGACCAUACUAACCGACAUCAUACACAAUAUUAUUAUAAUAAUCCCCUAUAUACGAUAACCGGAGUCUUUAGAAACUGCGGUGACUUGGCAAAUAGGAAUUUUAAGCCGCUUUAGUAGAUAAACUAAUCAUAGUGAUCAGAUCUGGUUGUAAUGUCAUUUCGUGACAACGUGCAGCUGGUAUUGUAACAGCUACGGCCAGAAAGUAGCAGUGUGUAAACUCGUUGAGGCAGCCGAGCGCUAAUAACAUCACUGGAUGGAUUGCGCGCUUAAUGACUCGUGAUUGCUCUCCAAAACUCCACUGAUGAAAAGAUGCUGUAAUGGAGGGGUAUUGAUGAAACCGUGAAGUGGACAUGCACCGACCAGGGGACUUUAGCCAUCACAUGGACGGUUACCAGAAAGGAUGGCAUACAGGGAGGGGCAGGGGCUAGAGCAGCAGUUGAGCCCUAAAAGCCCCGAGACUGAUCUAUCUGGAGCGCUCAGCUUGAGCGUGGAAAUAGUGACUCUCUUCGGGAACAUCUUCCCCACUUUGGUCGCUUUUAAACUCAAGACGAAGACCGAUCGUACGGCUACGGAUCUUCUAAUCGGAGCUCUAGCCAUUACAGAUAUGCUAGCCGUACUGCUACCGCUACCAGUGUCCCUGCCGAGUUUCAUAGCCCAGGAUUCAUGGACUGGUGGUAAGAGUGCGUGCCUCUACUACCAGUUUAUGGUGUUCUGGCUCCAGAACAGCGCCAUGUUGCUUGUGACGUCAAUGGCAUUGGAAAGAUUCUUAGCGAUUUGCCUACCAAUGCGAUAUAAGAGAUGGACAACCAUGACCAGAGUGAAAAUCACCAUUGCCUCAGUGUAUAUAUUUGCCUUUCUAGUUUCAUGCCUACCACUUUUUGGACUUGCACCUCCGGUUAUUCUCAGUGAUGAGGACCCAAACUCCGCGAGUCCGAUGUGCCGGUCAUGGCUGUCAUCGGCACCAGCCUACUGGCAUGAGUCUAUAUUCCCAAUGGUAUUAGUACUGGAAGGGUGGUUAACAAUGGCUCUAGUCUUAAUCUUAAACACAUGUAUUGUCAGAAGACUUACAAGAUUUAGAAGAAGACUUGAAUCUUCUGAAGAAACAUUUCCAAUGAGAACAAAAGAGGACCAGGCCGAAGCCUCAUCAGCCUGCCCGGAGCCACGGGUCGAAGUGCCCGCUUCCUCUACCGUUGAUAGGCGCUCUUUAAGGGAGUUUUCAAAGCUUGUGGUAGUGGUCACCAUUUUGUUUUAUUGCACCUGGUUGCCCGUUAUGGUUGUGAUGACGUUGACACAAUCUGGAGUUGUCGUCAGUCAAUUGGUUGCUGUGUACGCAUUAAUGAGUACAACCCUAAACGGACUGCUCAACCCUUUCGUGUAUGGCGCCCUCAGUCGGCAGUAUAGAGACGGCUAUUUCAAAUUACUCAACAGCCUUGGAUCAAAAUGUGGUUUGCAAAGAAUAUGCAAAAGUUGUCUUUCUUCUAGUCAAGCACAAAACUCCCGAAGCAGAAGCAGUUCGUCCAAGUCCAAUAAAGCAGAAAAUCCAACAUUGAAAUGUAACAUUACAGUCAACAACUUGAUUGAGGAGAGUGACAACUGUAUCACCCUGAACGCCACACGUGAUGAAACAUCUAUAUGAGCGACCAUCAACCACGGUACCAGACUAUUUCCCACAAUCUGCACCCAUCGAUCUCUAGAGAACAAUGCAUGCACCUAACUGACGUCAUAGAAAAACAAACGAUGGAAGUUCUCGCUCCCGCCAGCUUGAAUUGAAACAACUUUAAUUCCAAGAGAGAUUCUAAACAGGAGAGAUGUGGAACGGAUUUCCAUAACAUAAUAUAUGGCAAGAAAACUGUCUCAUGUGGAAGUGUGCAUGAACUACUUUUAAACUGUUUUGAUCAUGUGGUGCACAUGAUAAGGGUAGAAUAAAUUUCGCUCCUCAUAUUGAGGCCAUAGCACGACGGACGAUCACCAGCAAUUAUUAGUUCAGUUGAGAAAAAUUUGACAAAAAAUGUAUAGGGCGCCCUCCAGUAGAAUCGUGAACAAUCGCUUCAAAUUCCUGUGAUUAACAUUAUUGCCACACAACCAUGGAAUUCUAGUCCAUUGAUAUCUAUUUUGUUGGUUUAUACAAAUUUGUUUAACAUUGGUGAUCUGCAAAAAGUUUUGAGAGUGAUCUGAAAGAAGGUGUGUUUUUCCCCUGGAAAGAUAGUAUAAAUAUUUCCAAAAUAAGAAAUGACUUUAUGAGAGACACUACGAGAUUAAAUUAUAUUUCAGAAAGAGUUAUUUUGAAACAUUUUGUGAAUGCAAUGAUGAUGGAGUUUAUCCUUAAAAUUUGUGUUGAUGAUUGUGGUAAUGUAUGAUUGUGGUGUGAUUUCUUAUAGUGAAGUAAGGUGCACUUUGGUGUAGAGUUCGUAACUUUAGGUAAUGUGAUGGAGACGUAUUGUGAAUUGUGGAUUGCGGAUUGUGGAUGGUGGAUUUUGAAUGGUGGAUUUUGGA